GAGAGAGAGAGACGGGGAGAGGGUGAGGGGGAAAUCAAUGCCACAAAACACUUUCUCUCUCUAGUUUCUGUCUUUGUCUCUGUAUUUAUAUAUAUAAGGCUUUCUCUCUCUACAGGUACGGGCGCUGGGGUUGUUGAAUCAAUCGAGAGAUUGCGAACCUCUGUGGUUCGUAGAUCGAUCGAUCUAUUUUUUCUAAUCAAUUUUUCAGUUUAAGAUUGGUUAUUUUAGGGUUAAUUGCUUGGAUCGGGAGUAGUUUUUAAUUCUCUGUUUACAAUAAUGUUUUUGUUCGACUGGUUCUAUGGAAUUCUCGCUUCUCUCGGUCUGUGGCAGAAGGAGGCCAAGAUCUUGUUCUUGGGCCUUGAUAAUGCCGGCAAAACGACGUUGCUUCACAUGUUGAAAGACGAGAGAUUGGUUCAGCACCAGCCCACUCAAUACCCAACAUCAGAAGAACUGAGUAUUGGGAAAAUCAAGUUUAAGGCUUUUGAUUUGGGAGGCCAUCAGAUUGCCCGCAGAGUUUGGAAAGAUUACUAUGCCAAGGUGGAUGCUGUAGUCUACUUGGUGGAUGCUUAUGACAAGGAAAGAUUUGCGGAAUCGAAGAAGGAACUCGAUGCUCUCCUGUCUGAUGAGGCCUUGGCUAAUGUGCCAUUCCUAAUCUUAGGCAAUAAGAUUGAUAUCCCUUACGCUGCUUCAGAAGAUGAAUUGCGUUACCAGAUGGGUUUGGCUGGCGUCACCACAGGGAAGGGGAAGGUAAAUCUGGCAGACUCAGGUGUCCGUCCACUCGAAGUGUUCAUGUGCAGCAUUGUUCGCAAAAUGGGCUAUGGGGAUGGCUUCAAGUGGGUUUCUCAGUACAUCAAGUAGUAGGAGGCAAUGGGAUAUGAGAUUUAACUGUGUUUUACAUGGUAUAUUUGUACUGGACUUGAGUUGGAAUUCUGUUAGUCUGUUUGAAAUAGCUUCCCUUGUUCCAGUUCUUCUGGUGAAAUGAUAAAACAUGCUCCCUCGUACCAUUUCGAUUAUGUGGUGCCAAAUGCUUGAUCAUUUGUGUCCACGAGGACCACAAAUUGAAGGAGAGGGCUUCCCUGCAAUGAAGUUAAAACCAUUAUUUCAUCUGUACCCCUCAUCUCUAUGCUACAUGUUUUCUUGUAAGCAUUUCCAAGUAAUAAGUGACUGAAUUUCCAGUUUCAACUUUCAA